UAUUGCCAGUGGUUUCGGUGGAGCGUUGUUCGUCUACCUGAACCGACUGAUUGUUCAGUUCAUCAGGAAACAGAAGGCCAUCAACAGAUUCCUCAUGAAGAAACGUCUGCUGUACCCCGCGCUGGUCACUUUACUGGUUUCCACUUUAACAUUUCCCCCUGGUUUUGGACAGUUUAUGGCAGGAAAGCUGACCCAGAAGGAGUCUCUGGUGACGUUACUGGACAACCGGACGUGGGCGAAGCAGGGAAUCGCCGAGGAGUUCGACUACAUCGGACACUCUGCGGCCUGGAAACACCCGCAGGUCAACGUCUUCGUCACCCUCGUGCUCUUCAUCGUCAUGAAGUUCUGGAUGUCAGCGCUGGCCACCACCAUCCCUGUGCCCUGCGGAGCCUUCAUGCCAGUAUUCGUCAUUGGGGCAGCGUUUGGUCGUCUGGUUGGAGAAAGCAUGGCAGCCUGGUUCCCAGAUGGCAUCCACACAGAUGGCACCAUCUACCCGAUAGUGCCGGGAGGCUACGCUGUCGUGGGUGCGGCGGCCUUGUCGGGCGCGGUGACCCACACGGUGUCGACGGCCGUCAUCGUGUUCGAGCUGACGGGCCAGAUCUCUCACAUCCUGCCCGUGAUGAUCGCCGUGAUCCUGGCCAACGCCGUGGCCCAAUCGCUGCAGCCGUCGCUCUACGACUCCAUCAUCCGGAUCAAGAAGCUGCCCUACCUCCCCGAGCUGGGCUGGGGCCACCACGAGAAGUAUAAUAUUCGAGUGGAGGACAUCAUGAUACGGGACGUCCGGUACAUCACGCUGAACUGCUGCUACAGAGACCUGCACAACGUCCUGCUGACGGGACACCUGAAGACCCUCGCCCUGGUAGAGUCCGUCGAGUCCAUGAUCCUGCUGGGCUCCAUCGAGCGCGCUCAGCUUCAGGCUCUGCUCUCGAUGCAGCUCGGGCGAACCAGACGUCUGGAGUUCAUCCGGGAACAAGCCAUGGAGGAGAAGAAACGUCUGUCCAUGGUUUCCAACCUGGGCAGCGAGGACGGCACGCAGCGCGCCAGCCAGGAGGUCCGCUUCCAGAUCUCCACUGAGGAGUCCUCCUUCAGUCCUACUCGUACAGUCCCUCAAAAACCCCUCAAACCUGCACUGAAGAGACCCUCUGUGGUGGAGCGCCCCACCGAGAUCCCCACCAGCCCAACUGAUGAUUCAGGCAUUGCUUUAAAGGGCCUGUUCUGUGCCAGUCCCGACACAGAAGGCCUGGAGAAAAACAACAACGUGGAGAGCCCCGUGUCUCCUGAACUCAGGAGGCCGUCCAAACGAGUCCGGAUAUCCAUAGUGGAGCCACCAACGAUCUUAAAGAGCUACUUUGUGGACGACGUAGAUGUGGAGGAUGACAUGACCAUUAGAGAGAUUGCAGAGUGGGAGGAGAGGCAGCUUGAUGAACAGGUCAACUUUACCAACUGCAAGAUCGACCCCGCCCCCUUCCAGCUGGUGGAGCGCACAUCACUGCAUAAGACCCACACCAUCUUCUCCCUGCUGGGACUCGACCACGCCUACGUCACCAGCAUCGGACGCCUCAUCGGGGUCGUCUCCCUCAAAGAGCUGCGUAAGGCCAUCGAGGGCUCGGUGACGGUGAAGGGGGUGAAGGUGCGCCCCCCUCUGGCCAGCUUCAGAGACAGCGGCACCAGCAGCAGCGAGAACGAAGCCACGGAGCUCCACAAGCUGUGGGACCGCCACAAGAGUCUGUCUCUGCCCCGAGAACAGACCCCCUCCGAGUCCGACGAGAAGUCCCAGUGAGGAGGACGAGGAGGACGAGGAGGAAGAGGAGGAAGAAGAGGAGGACAUUGAGAUCUUUAAGCUCCCAAAGUAACAAAAAAUGCAAAAAUCCUCAGGGUUUAGGAUCAAUAUUUCAUUCUGGAAAGAGUCCUGUUCGCCUCACAGUAACUCCUCAUUCCUCUCCUCUUCCCUCUCCUCUUCCUCUUCCCUCUCCUCUUCCUCUUCCCUCUCCUCAUUCCUCUUCCC